AUGGACCGUGCAAAGAAAUGCCUCGCCGUACUUGGCCGUAUCAUCGGCAUCAAGAAGAGGAAACCGGAACGUGACACCGAGGUUCUGGUCGAUACCAAGGCCGACAUCAAGUUCGACGCCGAAACCAACGCAGAAGUCAACACCAAAGUCGCCUGCUGCGCGUGUACCUGCCAUGGCCCCGAAGCCCAUACAGCCCCUAAACGUAAAUCGACAUUAGGGGCCAAAAAUGGAUGGGUGUAUCGCCCAAAUUACGAGUUCCCCUGGAGACUCGCGCAGGUGGUAGAAGAGGAAGACAACUGGCGUGGAACGUGGGUUUUGGAAGUGAAGGACCUGCAGGCGAUGGACUGGGGUACUACCCGCGUGCCCAAGACCGGUGGUCACGGACGAGGAGGGCGAUAUGAGAGGCAGCCGACGCGCCAUAUGCCUUUUCCGGUCGACGGGGUUGGGUACCGAGAGACGUUGACCGGAGGCCAGGACGACCUGAUGGUGAUGCUUGGGCGGCGAUAA